UAAAUAAAGGACAGCAAACAAAGUCUGCAUUUUUCAAGCUAUCUUUCAUAAUCAACACAGCAAAGCAAGCACAUCAGUCAAAAGUCCAAUAUGACUAACCUGUAUGCACAUUAAUUUUUUAUUGUACACAUGGUAUCACAGUCUUGCAAAAUGUAUAUAUGAACAUGUAUCUGAAGAAACUAUUACUAUAACUACAUACUUUUAUUUCUGCUAUUUUCCAAUUUAUAUUAACAUGGCAGAAUCAUUUGUCUUCGAUAUCGCUAAUUCACUUCUAGGAAAGCUUGCUUCUUAUGCUUAUGAAGAAGUUUCACGAGUCUAUGGUGUGUAUAAAGAUCUACAAGAGAUCAAAGACACUUUGUUAAUCGUCAAUGGUCUGCUACUGGAUGCUGAGUGUAAGAAGGACCAAAAGCAAGGGCUGCGUGAAUGGAUGAGACAGAUUAAAAACAUCUGCUCUGAUGCUGAAGAUGUAUUUGAUGGAUUUGAGUUCCAACACAAGAGGAAGCAAGUUGCCGAAGCUUCUAACAGCACUCGGGCGAAGGUACGCCACUUCUUUUCUUCCUCUAACUCACUUGUUUUCCGUCCUAUGAUGGCACGCCAAAUAAAAGAGAUUAGAGAAAGAUUGGAUAAGGUAGCAGCGGACGGGACCAAGUUUGGUCUAGCAAAAAUUGAUAUUGGUACUGAAUUUGUUUUGCAAAGGAGAGAAUUGACUCAUUCUCAUGUUGAUGUUUCAAGUGUAAUUGGGAGGGAGAAUGAUAGGGAAGAAAUCAUCAAGCUUUUGAGGCAACCGCAUGGUCGCGGUGAUGGUGAUGGUGAUAGAAGUUUGUGUGUUAUUCCCAUAGUAGGAAUUGGAGGCUUGGGAAAGACCACACUUGCAAAGUUGGUGUUUAAUGAUAAGAGGAUGGAUGAAGUUUUUCAGUUGAAGAUGUGGGCUUGUAUCUCUCACUUGGAUGAUUUUGACAUCAAAUUGAUAAUUAUCAAAAUCAUCAAUGCUGCUUCUGCUUCCAUUUUCACUCCAGCUUCAGCUGCACUGAGUUUUACUCUUGCUCACAAAGAAAACAUCAACAACUUAGAUAUUGAGCAGUUACAAAGUCGUCUUAGACAUGAACUUUCCGGCAAGAAGUUUUUGCUCGUGCUGGAUGAUAUAUGGAAUGAUGAUCGUGCAAAGUGGAUUGAGUUGAUAGAUUUGAUAAAAGUUGGUGCAACAGGAAGCCAUAUCAUAGUGACAACACGUAGCAACUCAAUUGCUUCAAUGACAGGUACACUUCCCUCUUAUGUUUUAAAAGGACUUUCUCAAGAUGAUUGUUUAUCUUUGUUUGUCAAAUGGGCAUUUAAGGAAGAUGAAGUAAUUAAGUAUCCAGAUCUUGUGGAAAUUGGAAAAGAAAUUGUGAAAAAAUGUGCAGGGAUUCCACUUGCUGUCAAAACAUUAGGAAGUUCACUGUUCUCAAAAUAUGAUUUAAAUAAGUGGAUAUUUGUGAGAGAUUCUGAGAUAUGGAACAUAGAACAAAGAAGAGAUGAUAUUUUACCUGCCCUAAAGUUAAGCUAUGAUCAAAUGCCAUCCUAUUUGAGACAAUGUUUUGUUUACUUUUCUCUUUAUCCCAAAGAUUAUACCUUCUUUAGGAAUGAUAUAACUAGGCUCUGGGUGGCUCUUAGAUUAGUUCAGUCUCGAAAUGGAAGUGAACAAUUGAUGGAUAUUGCAAGAGAAUAUAUCGACGAGUUAAAUUCUAGAUCAUUUCUUCAAGAUUUUAAAAUCUUAGGCUAUUUUGGCACAUUCAAAGUACAUGAUUUGAUACAUGAUCUUGCUCGAUAUGUUGCGAAAAAUGAGUGUGUAGCACUAGACUCGCUUACUAAGAAUAUACCUGAAUGUGUAAGACACUUAUCCGUUGUUGAAUAUAAUUCAAUAGACACUGCUUUGUUCCCCAAGUCCAGAAAUUUGAGAACUAUAUUAUUUCCCAUCAAAGGAAAGGGCCUUGACAAGAGAACUUUGUUGGAUACAUGGAUAUCAAGAUACAAAUACUUACGAUAUUUAGAUUUAAGAUAUUCUUCCUUUGAGACUCUGCCUAAUUCCUUUUCUAAAUUGAAGCACUUGCGAUUUCUUGACCUUUCUUAUAAUAUCAAAAUUACAAGACUUUCUCAUUCUAUUUGCAAACUCCAUAAUUUGCAAGUCUUGAAACUCACCGGAUGCGUGGAGCUUGAAACAUUGCCUCAAUGGUUAGGGGGGUUGAUUAGCCUUCGGGAAUUGUUUAUAACAACAAAGCAAUCAAUUAUGCCACUCACAUUAUUUGCAAAAUUGAACAAUCUUCAAGUUUUGGUUUUCUAUAAGUGCGACAAUAUGAAGUUUCUAUUCAACGAUACACAACAACUCACUUCUAUUGAAACAUUGAUCGUUGAAUCAUGUGGUAGUCUAGAGUCCUUACCUCUUUUUAUAUUUCCUAAAUUACAAACUCUAGUAGUUUCAGAGUGUCAGAUGGUUAAUUUAUCAUUGUGCAACGAAAUCCCAAUCCAAAAAUUGAUGAUGAACCAUUUAUAUAUAGCAAGAUUUACAGGGUUUUUAACAAUUCCUAGUUGGAUUGAAGGUGUUGUAGAUACUUUAGAGACUUUACAAAUUUCUGGACUUCCCGAUCUUAUGACACUUCCAGAGUGUCUAACAACAAUGACUCGUCUUAAGAGGCUUUGGAUUUCUGGCUGCCCUAAAUUGGCGAGUCUUCCAAGAGACUUCCAUCACCUCACUACCCUUAAACAUUUGUACAUAUAUGAUUGUCCAGAAUUGUACCUAAAAUGUCAACCUGAGUCUGGUGAGUACUGGUCCAUAAUUGCUCGCAUGACUACCACUUCAAUUGAAAUUCUACAGAGAGUUGGAGUAACAAAGUCGUCUACUCUUAAAGUUAAAUACAACAUUUUGUAAUGAAUCAUUCAAGUAGUUGAUUGUA